ACUUCCUGCCAUGGCGCCAAAUCCGGUCUCGACUUGUCAUUUCUCUAUCUGGCUUUUCGUAUUUUGUACACCAACUGUUCGAUGAUAUGUCUUAAAGAAACCUCGUCCUGAUUCAUUCGCCUCACUAGUUGCGAGCCUUCAUUACGGUAUGUCAUCGAAUUGGUAGUAUGGGAUUUCGCAAUCUCUAGUCUUUUAUCGCCCUAGCUCUCGUUUGAAGGGAGAUUCUUUGGAUUUUGGUUUGAUAAAGGUUAAAGAUAAGAUUUUGACGAUGAGUUCUACUGUUUGGUGGGAAGGAGCUGAGAAGACACGAGUUCUCAUUGCCUCAGAUUCAGGAUGUGGCGGAAACAAACCCGGAGAACUAUUAACACUUCGCCAUCCAAAAUCAGACAAUGGAACAUGCUACCUUUUCAGUAAUGGGAUGCUUCAAGAAAUUCAAUGGUUUAAGCAAUCAUAUGGUUCUUGGUUCCUGGGAGAUUACAUUUCUCAAGAUGGAAGCUUGUACAUGGCCACUCCGGUUGAUCCUGUUUUCAUCUUGUUGCCUAUUUUCGACGAGGCAAGAAUGAAGAAAGGUGAAGAUCCUGGAAAGUUCAGGCAGCUGGAUGAGAUUUUGUUUGUGGAAGGAUAUCCUGAAUAUCAACAUUUGCUGCCACUUGCGGAGAAGAGUAUGGAGAUCGUUUGUCAGACUCAAGAGGUUGGGUCUAUGAAGUUCUAUCGGCUUGAUAACUCGAAAGUCUUAGCUUGGUUAACUUGUAAGGUAAGCUGUUUAAAGAAGACUCUUCCGGAACUGGACAAGAACUAUGCAGCUCAAGGCGAGAAGCAAACAUUGGUGGAUGCAGUUUCAAUUGUCGGUGAGUACCUGAAGACAGAGUCUUGGUUGAAGCUCCUCUAUGAUCAUCUUGGACUCGAGUUUGUUGACCCAACGAUGAAAGAAACCAAUACAGAGAACUUUCCAAAUGCAAAUGAGAAUAAGAUGGAAUACUCAAAUUCAUCACAGGAGAAAGCAAAUAAGAAGACAGGAAAACCUGGGAAGCAGAUAAAGCAAGCAAAGGUAGAGACUGGAUCAAAGAACAUAAGAGAUAUGUUUUCAAGGGCUUGUAAGAAAAAAUGCUGAAAUGUUUGAAACUAUUUCAACUAUUUAUGAUUGAUUUUUCAGCUACCAAAUGAUAUUUGCUUAGCUAUCAACGUUUUGAACAAAGACUAACUCACGUGUUAUUUGAAUUCUAAAUUCGUAACCAGUGUUGCUUAUUAGCUGAAAUAUGUAUGUCUUUCUGGUACAAGAAUCUGCUAAUUUUUGU